GCGCUUGUGCGGCGAAAAGAGAUCGCGAUGAUCUUGUCUAACGUGAGUCUCAGCGGCUGCACGAGGGCCAAUAGCGCGCUGUGUUCGGGCGCGGGAGACGUUCACCUGAAAUCUGCACGCGGUACCACCCUCAGUCCGAACGGGAACCUGAUAGUCGCUUUGUGUUUAGGCCUUAUUAGCACAUUUGGAAUUCUGAACAAUCUACUUGUUCUCAUGCUCUUCUGCCGCUACAAGGUGCUACGCUCGCCUAUCAACCUGCUUCUGAUUAACAUUUCCUUCAGUGAUCUGUUGGUGUGCAUGGUGGGAACUCCGUUCAGUUUUGCGGCAAGUACGCAGGGAAGAUGGCUCAUAGGGAAAAGUGGAUGUGUAUGGUACGGCUUUGUCAAUACACUAUUAGGCAUUGUGUCCCUCAUCUCCCUGGCUGUGCUCUCUUACGAGCGCUACUGCACCAUGAUGGGUCCGACCGAGGCCGACUCCACCAACUAUCGGAAGAUAGCACUCGGCAUUGCCUUCUCCUGGGUCUACUCCCUGGGCUGGACCCUGCCGCCACUGUUCGGCUGGAGCCGCUAUGGACCCGAGGGGCCCGGCAUCACGUGCUCCGUGGACUGGACGGCCAAGAAUGCCAAUAACGUGUCGUACAUCAUCUCUCUGUUUGUGUUCUGCCUCAUCGUCCCCUUCGCGGUCAUAGUCUACUGCUAUGGCAAGCUUCUGCACGCGGUUAGACAGGUCAGUGGCAUCAACACGGCUAUGAGCCGGAAGAGGGAGCAGCGUGUUCUCUUCAUGGUGGUCGUGAUGGUCCUGGUGUACCUGAUUUGCUGGUUGCCCUACGGCGUUAUGGCCUUGCUGGCCACCUUCGGGCGCCCCGGCCUGGUCACCCCCGUGGCCAGCAUUGUGCCCGCGGUCAUGGCCAAGGUCAGCACGGUCGUCAACCCCAUCAUUUACAUCUUCAUGAACAAGCAGUUCUACAGGUGUUUCCAGGCCCUGCUGAAAUGCCGAGAGCCCCAGCCGGGUUCCAGCGUCAGGAACUCCUCCAAAGUGCCGACCAAAGCCGUUCGCGGGGGUAUGCGCCGAACCGCCGACCACAACUUCACGUUCGUCGUGGCCUCCGUCGGGCAGCCGACCAGCGUCGCCCCCCAGCAGGGGCGCACCCACGUGGACCCCCCCGCAGACUGUGACACGGUCAAACCCCACGCGGUGUUAAUAGUGGCCCACCACAACAGCGAAGGCCUGGGGUCGUCAGGGGUCACAACCCUCACGGACCAAUUACGGGGAAGGGAGAAGGAAGGGCCCCCCAGGUGGAUUUAGCGGUGUUGCGACGCUCAGCGGACACGCCGGACUGGUCGGCAGGAGCUGCCAGAGCCUCUGGAGGAAGGACAUCAAUCUGCCUCCGUCGACGCUGGCUUAUUCAGUGGUUGUUCGCUAUGACAAAUAUGCCUAUGGACCAAGGUUGAUGAAAACAGGGAGAAACACUGUUUGGGUUUUUUCUUGCUGAUGUUUUGUAGAUUAGUUCCAUGAAGUGUAAUGCUUUGAUUUACUCCACUGUCAGUGUACCUUCUCAGCACAAACAGGGCGAGACAGAUGAAGAGAAGUAUUUUUCUACUGAUCAGUCAUAGAUUGGGGGAAACCUACGUAUGGUGUUUUAAGUGUUUUUCAAGACUGCUAAUGCGCUAGAGACAAGGUAUGCAGAGCAUAUUGCAGAGAGGAAUUAGCAUCUUCAGAGACAGUAUGCAAACCCGUGCAAUUAGCAGCUCUUUCACAUGUCAUGUGGUUCCCAAUAUACGCCAACAAGAUUACUUUAAAAACAGCUGUUUGUUUACAAGUAACCCAUCACUGGUAAGAAAAUCCAGGCAGGGCACUAUUGGCCUUUUUAAUGUCUGUUUGGCCAGAGACUUCACUAAUUGGGGUUUUAGGUAAGAAUCAAUACCCAAUUGCAGAGUACCAGUCAGUAUUUCUGGCCUUGGAGUCUGGCCGCACGGUUUUGAUCUUUAUAAUUUUCAAUAAUGUAUCUGUCAAAGUAUAUCUGUGAUUGGCAAAAAUAACAAUUUGUGGGGAAAAUGUCUGAAUUGGGAUGCUUGUGUAAAUGCACCCAUGUUGUUUCAUAUUAUAUCGUCUCUCUACAAGCACUGUAAUCCUUAAGUGACUUGAGUAGAGCUAUCCUGUGUCGUUGAAACUGCAAAGCCUAUGUACAAUCAUCUGUUCCUUUUCAUGCAAAACAUCAUGGCCCAUGUUUUAAAUCAGGCCACGUAUUAUCUAGGUCAGUGGUCAAGCUUUCUUGGUAACUGUACCACCCACUGAGUUUUACCCUGCACCAAGUACCUCUGGAGUUCCCCAGAAGUUCUGCUUACAAGUUGACUCUGUUUAUAGGUCAAGUACUGUAGCACUGAUCCAGGUAUUUCCAGACAGAAGUUUGUUUACUGUAUUGAUCUGAAUUAUAAUUGCUAAUGUCAGCAUGUUUGUUGUUCACGGCCCAUUAUCUCAUUUGGGAAUCAAUAUUUACCUGAUUAUUUUUUUCACUACAGCUACAUACUUGGCCUUAAGCCCAAAAUGACAAUGAUAUUCAAUUCAACAAUACUUCAAAAAAAAGCACAUGCCUAAUCUAUGCAGAACAAACUUAUCAAGAAGAAGCUAUGACAUUUUUGAAUGACCUGGAAAUGACAGUGUAAUAAUUUUUGAAUUAGCAAUGCUGUAGGUAUCUACUUCUACUGCUAGCUAUGUUGUAUAGUUUGGCUAAUGGGUCAGUUUGAAAGUCAAUGUAGUUCCCCAAGGACAUGAAACUAUCAAUUAAUCACAUUUGUCUCAUGCCUUAUACUAAAGGUUCAUAGAAAAUGAAGGCACCCGUGUCUUUCCACAAAUGCCUUGUGUGCUAAAUGUGCUGCAUUAUCAUUGCAAUCCGUAAAAAAUGUUGUUGUCCUAAUGUUAUUUGCUCGAUACACAUUAUGCAUUUUUCCAGUUAUUCCAGCACCAAGUAGCUAAAAUAAACAGGUUUACUGGUGUUUUUUUUAUGGGCGCAUUGUCACAAAUCGUGGUGUAAUAGUGUAAUGCUACAACAAUCGCGUAUGUCUGACGUCCAACAUUUUAAUGUACAUGAACCGUUGAAUCUGCGGAAUGUUUAUGUGCAUGGCUUCUUAUGACAUCAUAGUCAAGUGAAAUUAGAGGACAUGUAAUGCAUGUGAUAAAAUCAGUUGUUUUAUGGCCUUGAGUCUAACAAUCUUUUCUCCACAUGUGUAUGUUGGACCACAGCUUUGGGGGCUGUGCUAAUUGCAUCUGGUGAAAAUUGACCUUUACUCUGGUGCAGCAGUAAGCCUUCUGGCGAAUGUGAUAUAAUGUAUGAGUGUGUGCACACUUUGGGAAUUUUAAGUGAAGCACAUUCUUGUUCAAUUCUGAAAAUUCACAGUUUUUCUUCUGUAUUUCUUUCCUACUGGUCCCCACUGGGAAUCAAACCUACAUCCCUGCCAUUGCGAAAUGUUCAACCGGCUAUACCACAUGGGAUAUUCUUGAAAUGUUCUUGUUUGCAAUUUUCUUUUUUAUAUUGAAUUUACAAAAGUUGAUGUUUACAUUUUUUUUGUUAACAGUACGAUGGCUUUGUAGUUGUGAAAGCAGUUCUCUAAAGGACUUACAAUGCCUGUAUAAGUGUAACUAUUGUUGGGGUGAUGUCUUCUCUCUGGGGAUAUCAAUUUGCAUUGGCGCGCUGGUGUGUGUAUGUGUGUGUGUGUGUAACUGUCUGGCCACAAUGACUGGGCAGCUGAAGUAUGUCAAUAAUUUUAAACCAAAGCAAGAGGAAUUUCAUACUUGUUUUUUUAAGCUUGCAGUUUAAUAAAGACUUUUAAAAACAAUGGGCAAGGUGUUCUCUAUGGCUGACGUAUUCUGUAAAGAAGCGUUGGCGUUAAGUGGUCCUGUUGAAA